CAUUGAACGUUACGAAUCACCACAACUCACAAUUCAGUUAGAAUCUGCAGCAGCGGUUCAGUUGCUUUCAAGCGGCGGUGUUGUGUACUUGUGCUAGUCGGAAAGUGUCUUUAGCGUGGUGUGCGAAUUAACCGGUAUUAACAACAACUACAACCACCAAGCAAAAAAUAUACUAAACAUUGACAACUGAGUGGUUAAUGUUAUUUUUUUUUAUAUUGGAGAACCCAACAUACGGUACGGUGUGAUAAUAAUUUUCAAGCCCAAGUCUCCCCAUACGCUGGAGUCGAGUCAUAAAAAAAUUAAGUGAAUAAAUAAAUAAGUAGAAGAAAAACAACAACAACAACAACAAAAUAAAGUGAAAUUAAAAUUAUGUGCUGAAUAUUUAUUUAACAGUUAAAUGAAUGCCAAACGAAAUAGAGCAGACAGCCGCAGCAGCAUCAUCUGCCAAUUGUGCGAGUUCAUGAUCGAGUCUUUUGCAAAUUUUCAAAUGAAAUAAAUUAAAGAUAAUGUGUGACAAAUCAGUAUAUGCAGCUAUAUGAACAAAAGUUCUCCAUACUGGCUUUAAAGACUGACGCAACGUGUGAAGCCUCAAUUGGAACAACAACUAACAACACCACCACCAACUUAACCAAAUGUGUUUCUAAAGAUUAGGGUGGAAACAAAAAAAUCUGCUACCCUGGAUAAACAAAUUCAAAUAAAGUUAAGCACCAUCAUGUUCUUGCCGGUUAAAUCGAAUCUUUCCACCGACAACACUGCCAAUAGUGAAGAUGUCACUACCACCAGCAAUAAUUCAACACAAACACCCAGUGAUCUUAGCCCACCGGGACCAAAUGAAGAAAUUCUACCACAGGCCCAUCAUCAAAAUCCUGGACAUUGUGUGGCCUCCUUUGCAGCUAUAAACCAAAUGCGAACAAAUGCUCAGUUAUGCGAUGUUACACUGGAAGUUGGCGGUGAAACCUUGCAUGCCCAUAAAGUGGUUUUAGCUUCAGUCUCACCCUAUUUCUAUGCCAUGUUCAAUGAUGACAUGUUGGAGCGUACCCAGGGCAUAGUGCGUCUGCAUGACAUCGAUGUGGUUGCCAUUAAACAUUUAAUCGAUUACAUUUAUACCGGUGAGAUAACCAUAACCGAACAGAAUGUUCAGGUUCUAUUGCCUGCCUCUAGUCUCCUGCAAAUGCAUUCGGUUAGAGAGGCCUGCUGUAAAUUUCUGCUUCGCCAAUUGCAUCCAUCGAAUUGUUUGGGCAUACGAAGUUUUGCGGAUGCCCAUUCAUGCAAGGAGUUACAUACGAGAUCCCACAAAUAUGCUUUGCAGAAUUUUCAGCAGGUUGUUGGUACAGAGGAAUUUUUGCUUUUACCAUUUGAAGAGGUGAAAGAUUUAAUAUCCAACAAUUUGCUGAAUAUUUCUUCGGAGGAAAAAGUUUUCCAUGCUGUGCUCAAUUGGAUUAAACAUGACAUGGAUGAGCGACAAAUCCACAUAGCCGAGCUAAUGAGUCAUGUGCGCUUGCCGCUGGUGAGUCGCGACUUCUUGAUGACCUGUGUGGAGACAGAGUCACUUAUACGCGAAGAUUCGCAAUGCAAGGAGCUAUUGCUGGAAGCCAUGAAAUAUCAUCUUUUGCCGGAGCAAAGAAGCUUAAUGAGCAGCCAGCGGACUCAUGAACGUAGGCCAGAUGGCAUGAAACCCUAUGUAUUUGCGGUGGGUGGUGGCAGCCUAUUUGCCAUACACAAUGAAUGUGAAGUCUACAAUCCUCGCGGUAAUGUCUGGUCCAGCAUUGCACCCAUGUUGUGGCGUCGUUCACGUUCCGGUGUUACUGCACUACACAAAAGUCUCUAUGUGGUGGGAGGCUAUGAUGGGGUCAAUGACUUGGCCACUGCCGAAUGUUACAAUCCGCUGACCAACAAAUGGACCUACAUCACCCCCAUGGGUACCAAACGUUCUUGCCUGGGUAUUUGCUCGUUUGAUGGCCUCAUUUAUGUUUGUGGUGGCUAUGAUGGAGCUUCCUGUCUUAGCAGUACUGAGCGCUAUGAUCCCUUAACCUCUAUAUGGAGCUCUUGUCCGGCCAUGAAUACGCGGCGUCGCUAUUGCCGUUUGGCGGUAUUGGACAACUGCAUUUAUUCUUUGGGAGGCUUUGAUUCCACCAACUAUCAGUCGAGUGUGGAGCGUUUUGAUCCACGCGUUGGUCGCUGGUAUGCAGUGCCCAGCAUGACAGCCAGACGCAGCAGCUGUGGUGUGGCCUCUUCGGAUGGCUAUCUCUAUUGCAUAGGUGGCAAUGAUGGCACAAUGUGCAUGUCCAGUGGUGAACGCUUCAAUUUGCGACGCAACAGUUGGGAGCCCAUAGCGGCCAUGCAUUCGCGGCGCUCCACCCAUGAAGUGGUGGAGGUAGAAGGUUCUCUCUUCGCCCUGGGAGGCAAUGAUGGUUCGUCCUCUUUGAAUUCGGUGGAACGCUAUGAUAUACGCCUUAAUAAAUGGACUAUAGUCAAUUCAAUGGUGGCCCGCCGUAGCUCUGUGGGCGCUGCAGUGCUCGAUUGUUUCCAUUUGGAAAGGGGGCUGGUGCAAACUACAAACUUAUGACCCCCACUGAAUUCCAUAGCUGAGUCCUUUGCCAAUGCCGCCAACGGGGGAACACUAUCGAAAAGUGCUUCACCUACUGCCACCAAUGGUUUGACUAACACUGCCACCACCUCUUCGAAUUCGGUUACCUCUGCCUUGUCCUCCCUUAAUGUGUCCUCAACGUCGUCGUCAACCUCAGCCUCUGCAAGUAAUGGCAGCAACACAAAUCCCAUCUUGCCGGGUCGGGCGGUCAGUGGACGCAGCAUGUUGACGGGAGAUUUGCUGAAUGUUGUCUUGCCUUCAAAUUACACUCUAAGUACUUCGGCUCCCUCAUCGUCGACCUCGACAUUGAGGCGUCAUCGUGAUCGUAAUCCAGCACCGGAACCCAGUCCACGCACCGAAAGACCCAACAGCGAUGAGGGGGGCAAGCCAUCCACUGCCUGAUACAUGUACUUCAGAUAAGAUUCGCCAUUUCACCUACAGUUUUGACACAUUCCCCAAGUGAACACUGCCUCCACUUAUUCUCCUCAAGGCUCCCGUAUCUUCCUUUCUCUAUGCUGUAGGUCCUCCGCCAAUACCAAAAAAACUCUGGUCUGAAGUUGCAGUCUGCUAAAUACUGGUAUCUUAUUAGGGAAUAUCUAUAAUAAACACCAUACUCACACACACAAACACACACACACAUAAAAACCUUAUCUCCACACAGACACACACAAUUGCAUAUUUGUGGAAUUGAUUCAAUUAUUCAAAAAACAAUAUGGAAAAUAGUUUUACCAAAAGUUACAUUACAACAAAAUAAGUAUUUGCAAGAAAAUAUCUUUGACAGCACAUUGUAUAAUGAUGUGGCUCUAGAGUUUGUUUCUUACGUGGCUCUUAUUGAAUGAAUGAUGAUGAUGAUGAUAAAAUGAAUGAAUUUAUAAAACAACAAAAAACCUAACCUACCAAACCCACAUAAAAAAUUUAUUGAAUAUUGAAUAGUAUAAAUUUUUGCUCUUAUGACAAUUUUUUACAAUAUUUUUAAUGGAAACAAAUUAAUUGAUAAAAAUUUUGGAAGAAAAAAACGCCCAAAAACACAACAACAUUAUUCAUUA